AUGGACAACAACAUCAACCUCAGCCCGGAGACGGCAUCCAACCUCCAGAAGCUCUCGGACAAGGACAAGCAGGACUUGAACCAGUUCAUCAUGGCGGAGAGCCAGAAAGCACAAAUCCAACAAAACGUCCACAACCUGACAGACAUGUGCUUCAAGAAGUGCGUCACCUCCAAGAUCUCCGCCGGCACUCUCGACCGUAGCGAACAGCCCUGCGUGCAGAACUGCGUGGAUCGGUAUAUGGAUGCGAAUAUGACGGUCAUUCGGCAUUUGGAGCAGAUGAGGACGUUGUGA